AUGCCAGGUUCAGACGAUGAUCACACUGGUGAUGCUGCCAAUGGGCUACUGCAGAAUAUCCUGGAGCGGGUAUCCAAUGGUGCCGAAACAGUUGGAUCUGCUAUGCAAAAUGCCCGUGCUAGCUACGAGGAGUCUGGCCGGCACUUCAAGGGCAAGAUUAUGUCCGGACUGGUGAAUUAUCGACCUGGCAAUGAGUCGCGGGACUUCUUCAAGAGAGAGCCUACGCAAGUUCAAUGCCAGAUCUACGAGGGCUAUGAAGGAGAUCGUCGAGAGGUCACGACGACGAUUCCUGUGCUGGAUCCACAUGAGCUUUUGGAUUAUCUGCAGACGGAGCUGAAGCUGGAAUGCCCCGUGGACAAAACUCGACAAUUUUGGGAGCACCUGCGAGGUCGUGGGAACCCCUUUGCGUUGGGCUUUGAUGGCAGUGAUCAUGUGCCGUUUACAUUAUACGGCGACGAGCUUGUGCUGGGCAAAGAUUCGAGGGACAAGGUGACUGGCGUGUUCUUGCAGCUCACUUUGUUUAAACCUCGGGCUGCACGUCAAGGUCUGUGGCUCCUCUGUGCCAUUCAAGACUCCGUAAUGGUGCAUGCCGACUUGAAGACUUUGCGACCGGUGCUGGAACAUAUAGUAUGGUCUUGCAACGUUGCCUUCGAUGGGCGAUACCCUCGUGUCUCAAUGGAUGGGACACCGCUGGCUGGUGCGAAGGCUUUAAAAGCUGGACAGCAAUUUGCCAACGGAACUCGUUGGGCUUGCGUGGAAUGUCGCGGGGACUGGAAGUGGCACGAGCGCACGCUGAGAUUGCUGCGGACCCCUGUUUCGAAACGGUGCUGUUUUUUAUGCGAUGCAGAGGCCAGCGACGGUCCUCUGCGUUACUAUGAUGUCCAGGACGGGGCUGCUUGGCGAACCAGUCAGCUGGAUACAAAUGGUUUUCUUCAGCGUGCUCUUCGGCCUGGGGCAUCGAGCAACCUUCUCAUAGAUUAG